CAAAAGAAAAACAACGCGUUACGCGAUUUGGAUGUGAAUUUUUCAAUUUGCAAAAAAAAAAAAAAAAAACUUUUUUUGCACCUCUUUUUACUAUGGGUGCACGGGUGCUUGGCCGCUGGAAUUGGAUGAACAUGCCGCAAAACUCAGUUUCUCGUUAUAGGGCAUUAGAAGACCCACCGACCAGCCAUUGGAGAUCGCUGGAUCAGAGGUCAACACGUCUCGGUGGGAUGUGGUUGGAGAACGCACCACAAUCACGUCUCGAUGAGAGGGUCGGGGAGCCGGUCGUAAAUACGUCUUCAGUACUUGGUGUCUGUGUAAUUAAAAUACGUAUUAAACAAGUGCUUACAAUGGAGAUUGGACUGAUAGAUAAGAGAUAAUGUAUUGGUGUCAUGAGUCGGUCAUAGGUUU